AUGGAAAUCUUCGGCUCACAUAUUAUCUCAUCGAAAGCAACUGCGAAAAAGAUGAAAAAAAAUUAUUAUGGAUUUACUCCACUCAUUAAGUCAUCAGAAUAUGGUCAUCUUGAUGUUGUUAAAUAUCUUAUCUCUGUCGGAGCCAAUAAAGAGGCAAAGGAUAAUAUUGGAUAUACUCCACUCAUUUAUGCAUCAGCAAAUGGUUAUCUUGAAGUCGUUAAAUAUCUUAUCUCUGUCGGAGCUAAUAAAGAAGCGAGGGGUAUGUUUGAAUACACUCCGCUCAUUAAGGCAUCUAAAGAAGGCCAACUUGAAAUUGUUAAAUAUCUUAUCUCUAUUGGAGCUAAUAAAGAAGCAAAGACUUAUUUUGGAGAGACUUCACUCCAGAUAGCAUCGGAUAAUGUUCACAAUGAAGUUGUUGAAUAUCUUAUCUCUGUUGGAGCUAAUAAAAACUAA